AAUAGGGCUGCCUAGGUUGUGGCGGUUCCUCGGUGAUUGCGCGCUUGGGGCUGAGACAUUUAAGGGCAUUCAGACGAUGCUAUGACGCGGCAUAGCAACAGUGUUGACAGCGUGAGCGCACCCCAGCGGAGGGAGCCCUUCGGUCCAGGAGGCGGCGCGACGUGGAGGCAGGUCGCUGUUUGAGAGUUCUCCCUCGAAGCCCUUCAGCGAGUGGGGGAGGGGCGGCGGACAAGCAGUGGUGCCCUUGUGCGCUUGCGCUGGCCCCGGUGCCGACCUGGCCCGCACGCACGCGCAUGCCUACAGCGCGCCGAGCCGCGGCGGCCGGAGACUCUGCGCCUGCGCGCCGAGGAGCCCGCUAAGGAGCGGCGCUGGCGGACGUCGGGCGGGCGGCCUGUGACGUAGUGAGGAGAGCUUUAAAGUGCGGGCUGGGCCGGGUGUCGGAGGGUCUGGCCGCGAGUCGGGCCGAGUCUCCUCCGCGGCCCUCCGCGGCAUGAGGCGCUGCCGGCGCCCCUGCCCCCCGGGACGUGGAGAAAGUGGAGGAGGAGGAAGUCUCGUCGUCGCCAGCGCUGCAUGACCCGCCACCCCGAGGCCCGACCCCGCGCCUGGCCGCUCGCCUCCCCCUGCCCGGUCCCCCGGCCGCGGAUGGGGGCCCGGCGCUGAGGAGCCCCUGCUCCCGGGGCCUGGGGCGCGUCCCCGAGAGCCAUGCCCGGGCGCUCCACCCGCCCCGGAGGACCCUAGGUAGUCUCGCGGGGGCAUGGCGGCCGCCAGCGGCUACACGGACCUGCGAGAGAAGCUCAAGUCCAUGACGUCCCGGGACAACUACAAGGCCGGGAACCGGGAGGCCGCGGCCGCCGCCGCCGCCGCCGAACCUUACCCGGCGUCCGGGACCAAGCGCAAGUAUCAGGAGGACUCGGACCCGGAGCGCAGCGACUACGAGGAGCAGCAGCUGCAGAAGGAGGAGGAGGCGCGCAAGGUGAAGAGCGGCAUCCGCCAGAUCCGCCUCUUCAGCCAGGACGAGUGCGCCAAGAUAGAGGCCCGCAUCGACGAGGUGGUGUCCCGCGCCGAGAAGGGGCUGUACAACGAGCACACGGUGGACCGGGCCCCGCUGCGCAACAAGUACUUCUUCGGGGAGGGCUACACGUACGGCGCGCAGCUGCAGAAGCGCGGGCCGGGCCAGGAGCGCCUGUACCCCCCGGGGGACGUGGACGAGAUCCCCGAGUGGGUGCACCAGUUGGUGAUCCAGAAGCUGGUGGAGCACCGCGUCAUUCCCGAGGGCUUCGUCAACAGCGCCGUCAUCAACGACUACCAGCCGGGAGGCUGCAUCGUGUCUCACGUGGACCCCAUCCACAUAUUUGAGCGCCCCAUCGUGUCUGUGUCUUUCUUUAGCGAUUCUGCGCUGUGCUUCGGCUGCAAAUUCCAGUUCAAGCCUAUCCGGGUGUCAGAACCUGUGCUUUCCCUGCCGGUGCGCAGAGGGAGCGUGACUGUGCUCAGUGGAUAUGCUGCUGAUGAAAUCACUCACUGCAUACGGCCUCAGGACAUCAAAGAGCGCCGAGCAGUCAUCAUCCUCAGGAAGACGAGACUAGACGCACCCCGGCUGGAAACAAAGUCCCUGAGCAGCUCCAUUUUGCCACCCAGCUAUGCUUCAGAUCGCCUGUCAGGAAGCAACAGGGACCCUGCUGUGAAACCGAAGCGGUCGCACCGCAAGGCAGAUCCUGAUGCUGCCCACAGGCCCCGGAUCCUGGAGAUGGACAAGGAAGAGAACCGGCGCUCAGUGCUGCUGCCCACCCACCGGCGGAGGGGUAGCUUCAGCUCUGAGAACUACUGGCGCAAGUCCUAUGAGUCUACGGAGGACUGCUCAGAGGCAGCAGGCAGCCCUGCCCGAAAGGUGAAGAUGCGGAGGCACUGAGGCAUACUCACCACCCUCCUGGGAACUCUGGCUUCUCCUCACAUAGCUGCCCCUCCUUUUGUUUUGUUUUGUUGGUUUUUUGUUUGUUUUGUUUUUAAUCUUAUAUAUAUUUUCCCUGAUUCAUUGCCCAUUAAGGCUGAAGAACAGAAUUGACCUGGGUUCUUGUGUUCCUUCCUGGAAAGGCUGUUGGUGUUUGUUGGGGGCAGAGGCUUGUGCUGGAGGAGCCAGUCAAGGUGUGGAAUGGCCAGCCAUCUUCAAGUGGGGCUGGGUUUAUUUAAAAGCAACAAAAUGUUUUGGUUAAGAAAUUUUCAUUUUUGCUUUAAACAUAAAUCUUUGCAGUGUUCUAAACAAAGUUCAGUUUCCUGCCUGCCCCUUUUCCUCCACUGAUGUCUGCCCUUGGUUGAGGUCUCCUGGAACCAGGCCGGCUCUGCAUGGGGCAGCUUCCCCACCUCUGAACUGUUCUACAUCCUCUGGAAGCCCGUGUGGAUACCUUCUCUUCUUCCUGUGGCAGAACUGUCUGGGUUGGUGGGUGGUGGAGGACUUAAUAAUCCCAGCCCCUGCCCCCCCAAAGCUAGUGCUGAGCCCUCUGGGCUGCCUCCGCACAUUCUCGCGCUGCCAAGGGGCUAGCAUGGUGGUCCUGACUUCUCUUGCCAAGAGUGCACCUCUUUGCUGGGUUGCUCCUUUCAAACACGUGUGGGACUGUGUGGAAGUUAGACUUGCCAUGUUGGGUCAUUUUAGGAGUUGUUUCUAGCUAGAGGGACUGACGUCCUUCCAAGUCAAGCAUUUGGGGUGUGGGAAAUCAUUGUGGUGUAUGGUAGGGUUUUUAUUUUCUUUUUGAGUUAUUUUUUCCUUUGGUCUCUUGGCUUUCUCCUUUUCCUUUCCCCUUCAUUGGUCAGCUUGGACCUCUUCCCUGUGUCACCCUUCAGAAGGUGUCACCACCUCUGUUUGCCUGCAGCAUGCAUCCAAGGCCAGAGCUCAGGCCUACAGACUAGGUUGGUACCUUCUCUGCCUCAGGGGCAUGGGAGUUCAGGGAGGGGCUUCUAAACAAUAACAAAAAAAAGGCGAAGUCUUGGCAGUUUCUGUCUACUCAGAUCCUAGAAGGCUGUAAGGUCUUGCUGAUCAGGAUGCAUUAGGAAUGUCGUCUGGCCAGUCUGGCCAGGACCAGGGCCUAUCAAAAACACAGGCCCUCCUGGGAACCGGGCCACCACCAGUCUGGAGGGCUUUGAGUAGAGUCCCCAGCCUUGAGACCACAGCGACUGCAGGAAUCGGGGACAGCCACCAUCAAGAAGCUCUUCUCUGGGGCCAGAACUCCUUUGCCAGUGUGAAUUCCUCAAUUCGGGACUGCAUAACUAAAGCAGUUGCAGUUUUAUUUUUUUUACAGCUUUUUUCCCAAAAAUGAUUUGUAGUUGUGUGUGCAGCACUUUGCCCUGAUAUGUGUGCUCUACAAUAAAAACCAAAUCUAAUAUAUUUUGAAA